UUGUGUAUGAAGAAUGGUCCGUUGGCUCCAUAUCUUCUACGAUAUCUAGUACCGGAUUCAGUGACCAGUGCGAGAUGUUUUGGACGGUGAUCUACCGACAUCGACGAUUGGAAUUUCUUGUAUUCCAGUGAGUGUCAACCCAGUGAAUGUUCUCUUCUUCAUUGGUUUAUUUGUACAUCACGCAUUUCAACAUGUUGCGUCCCGCAACAACUUUGCUGGUCAUUGCGUCCGUUUUGGCUGUAAUCGUCUGCGUCGCUGGCCAGAUGAGGCCCUCCUUGAAUGCUCGUAUUGUAAGAACGAAACAUGGUUCCGUUAAAGGCGUGCUUGUUAUCCCUUCAAAUCGAGAACUUCCACCGGUCGAAGCGUUCCUCGGACUUCCAUAUGCCUCUCCGCCAGUAGGUCCUCUCCGUUUUAUGUCACCAGUGUCACCUUUGCCGUGGAAUGGCGUCCGCCUUAUGGAUAAAUACCCACCGGCCUGUCCGCAAACAUUGCCCGAUGUCAGUAACGAACGCGAAGCUUUGCGUUUCGUAACUCGUGGUCGUUUACAAUAUCUUCGCCGACUCCUUCCGUACCUCCGAAAUCAGAGCGAGGAUUGCCUUUACUUGAAUAUCUACGCCCCCGUUACGGGUAGGCCUGUUGGUGGAAAAGACGUGAACAUCAAGUUUCCCGUCAUUGUUUUCAUUCAUGGUGAGUCGUACGAAUGGAAUUCGGGAAAUCCCUAUGACGGUUCAAUACUUGCCAGUUAUGGCGAUGUCGUCGUGGUGACAAUUAAUUUCCGGCUCGGCGUUCUUGGCUUCCUGAGACCGGAUCUCAGAGAGAACCGGGUAGCGAAUUUCGGACUCCUCGACCAGAUAGCGGCACUGCAGUGGAUUCAGGAUAAUAUCGCCCAGUUUGGCGGGGAUCGUGACUCCGUUACGUUGCUGGGACAUGGUACUGGAGCAGCGUGUGUCAAUCUUCUACUUAUUUCUCCGGUGGCUCAGGCAUCCAGCGGUUUGUUUCACCGAGCCAUUCUGAUGAGCGGAACGGCUCUUGCCGAUUGGGCUGUAGCCGAGAACCCGCUACGAUAUACGUUGCAAGCGGCUCAGCAAGUUGACUGUCCCCUGGCCGAAAGAGACGAUGAAUUAGCAGCCUGUCUCCGGUUUAAACGAGUGACGGAGCUCAUGAAUGUGCGCUUACAGGCUCCGCUCUACGCCAGUCCGUUGGCACCUCUCGUUGACGGCAUUGUUGUUCCAAACGAACCCCGCCAGUCGAUGAAAACCUACAACGAACUAUUUGGAAGAUAUGACGUAAUGUAUGGCGUAACGCAGUCGGAGAGCUUCCACCUUUUGAAUGCUGCCACGCUGCAGUUCGGUUUGACGGAAACUGAAAGAAAUCGCAUCAUUCGUACCUACGUCCGUAACUCCUACGCUUCCAAUAUCGACCAAGUAACUGCCGCCAUCCGCAAGGAGUACACGGAUUGGAAGAAUCCCGUUCGCGACACGGAGGAAUACCGCGAUUCGAUUUUGGAAAUUCUGAGCGACGCCCGGGUCGUUGCUCCUGUCAUCCAGAUGGCCGAUUUACAUUCGGCCAUUCGCCAGCGAUCUUACUUCUACGUUUUUACCCAUCAGACAACCAAUGGCGACUAUCCUCAGGACUGGGGUAGUAUCCACGGCGAGGAGUUGGCUUACGUGUUCGGUAUGCCGUUGGUAGGCGGAACAAACCAUCUUUCGGCCAACUACACUCGGGCUGAAAUGCUGCUCUCUGAAAUUGUAAUCACUUACUGGGCCAAUUUCGCUCGCACUGGAAAUCCUAACUUCCCUCCGCGGCAAAAGUUUCUAACUACAGCCAACAGUCGUGACCGAUUUGAGCCCACGUACGUGCAGUGGCCAGCCUACGACCGGCAUUCCCAAAAGUACCUCAACAUUGAUUUGCGUCCCAAAGUGAAAGAUCACUAUCGCGCUGACAAGAUGGCCCUGUGGUCCAAGUUGAUUCCAGAGCUCAUGUCCACUGGCAAUGGCAAAGUUUAUCCAUCCAGCAGCGGGGAUGAAGACGAAGCUGAAGCUGCACCCGGUGGGUCUUCAGCUGCCGAACCAGAUUCCAGCAGCCAUUCUCCAUCAGCGGUGAUGGGUGCCCAACCAGAAGUUGACCAGCAACCCUCUGGAGGUUUCCAGUUCUUCCCAAGUGGACCUGUGAAAGGAGACCGUGGCAAUUCUUCUAGAACCGAGGACGGCCGAGACGUUGCCACGCAGACCGGUGGCAUUGCUCUCAGCAUCGUCAUCGUCAUUGGCAUCUGUUUCUUGGUGCUCAACGUCUGUGCUUGCGCCGGCGUUUUCUAUCAGCGCGAUCGCGUCCGCUUCAAAGAAAUACUCUUGCAGCGACAGUACAAAUUGAGGUCGGGAAACCAAGGAGAAGAUCGCCCGGCUCCUACUUCCGGAGCUCAAGCCCCUGCUGCCGCCAGGGAAACUCUGCUUGCCUUGCACAGAGUUGAAGAAGACUUUACAGAAUUGGACGGAAGUGGCAAUGGCAUGGAGAUCGGCUUUCCUCAUCAAGCCAGCACAAGCACGAUGGAUCCGCAUACAAAAGUCAGCCAGUGGAUGGCUCAAGAGGUCACCAUCGAGCGGUGUCCUACUCCACCUGUCAAUAACAGGCUGACUAAGCCGCCACAGGACAAACUGGGCGGAUCGGAUCGAUAUGAUUCGCGCGGUUGCGAUUCCGAAGAUUCCGCAUCGGCCUUGUUUCCGCUUCUGACGAAAUCCGCUAAGACUAGCGACAUCUAUGGGUUAUUGCCAGUGCAGGAGGAAAAUACAGCCGGCGAGAAACAGCGAAUCAAAACAGGACAAUCGUCAGAUUUGGUCAGUCAAACCCAUGACAAUGGUUCAUUUUUAAAAUUCGGAGACUUGGGACACGUCGGAGAAAGCAGUCCGCCAUUUGCCGAUUCCGCAAGUUCUGCCCGCACGGUAAGCCGUUCGUCAAUGGGUCGCCGCAAGGCGCGUAGCAAAAGUCAGUUAGGAUCGCAACGAUCGAUCACGACGAAACGAGACGUUGCAGUUGGAGAUGACGAAGACGAUGGCAGCUACCGUGUUGCUCUUGACAACGAAGAAGAUCGUAGAUCGUCAGCUGUUUACGGCUGCGGAACCAUGGAUACCAUUCGCCGACUCAAUUUGCCCAAAGUCUUACCCGAUUUACCUCUCCAAGACGUGCCAGCAGGAGCGACAGCAUCAUCGAGCGUACCUUUUACGAUGGGUAAAUCGAACUUAUCAAACAUCGCCCUACCCGACCGUUCACCGCCGUAUACAAUACCUCACGCUGGACUGCAAACUAGCGUCGAUUCCGUGGAACGAUCCGCCCUGUUGAACAAAAAUCAGUGUCAAGCUGGGGGGCCUCCAUCCGCUUCAGCUCCUCCGUACUCGGAUGUGAAGAAACAGUCGAAAUCACGCCGCAAACAGCCGGAUAAUGUCCCAUCAACGAUGAGCAGUGAAGCAGUUUGCACACUGUCCAGUCCUACUUCGACGAUCGUUAAAACCAAUUUACCUCAAACCGUUGUUGUUGCGCCUCAUCCGCGGGCAACCGUUGCGCAUUCGUCAACGGCCAAUAGAAGCGUGACUCCAUCAUCGACGCAACAACCGGAGCCUUGCCUGGUAGUUCGUCCUGGACCACGUCAACCCACAAUAACUAUGACUAGAAGUCAUGGAGGUAAUAACUAUGAGUCUGUUGCUAACGACACCGAAUCUCCUUCGGCUACUGGUGAUGUGGUCCUACGACGACCGAGGCAGCAAGAGGCUAGCACAAGUUCUAGACCUGCUAGUCGCAAUUCGAGGUCGUGGUACGCCCAAUACAGUCAGUCGUUUAUUUCACAGUCCAUCGAUCAGGAGAGUGACAAGAACGACAAUUGAGAUAGAUUACUAUUUACCACCUUUUUCACGUUUUUCCUUUUUUUUUUUUAUUCAAAAGUUUAUAACACGGUAACUUCCUGGAAUAUACCCCUCGCUACCUCACGAGUUGUCGCCAUAAUUUCUAAUACCCCUCUCGGUGUUUUCAAUGUCGCUCUGGUUAUUUAUUGAUCUAGCCUGUUGAGAGGGGGGGAAAACAAGUCACUAUCUAACACUACCCUAAGUUUCUACCGCGUACAUCUUGCCAUCUCCACAUGUUCUUUUGUUUCUUCACCUUUAGACACGAUUCCCUCUUUAAAACUUGCUAUAAAUCAGCAAUCAACACUUGCAUAUAACUUGAUGUACUAUUUUAAAGGAAAGUUAGGCUAAAAUAUUUGGCUAGUAGUGGAUAAUGUAUACGCUGUAUACAUACUGUUUACACUCCAUUCCGGAGCGAUCCUUGCCUACACCGACACUUUUGCCCUUGCUGUUUUACCUUUGGCAUUUCAUUUUUUAAACGGAAAACAGAACAUGGGCGGUUUUUUCUACUCGUUGGACCCUUCUUUUUUGCAAUGGUUGUUCUUAUUUUUGAGACUAGGGUCUGAAGCGGAGAUCACUAUGCUGAAUGUAGAUCUAAUCGAUUUUUUAUAGCCUUAAAUUUGUAUUGAACGCUAAUGAUGGACAUAAUCGCUGCGCAAGGAUUUGUAUAAAAUUGACAAAAAUGAAAUCAAUUUAAAGAUCCCCAAAUGACAGACAGGUCAUACGUUUUAAUACAACACAUUCUCAUCUUUGAUAAA